AUGUCGCCUCACACGGAGUGUCUCACAGUAGGAGCAGCAGCCAAUUCUCGUUCACCUGACGACGCCGCGUGCGUCGCUAUGCCCGGCAGCGACAGCACCCCGCCUGCGACGCUGCCGGCCGGACCAAUUUUACUGCGCUGCCUCGCCGCCGUGCCCUUCCCACUCUACCGCUCGCUGCACACCGUCUGCGCCGCGUGGCGCCGCCUCGCGGACCCGCUCGCGCUGCACCAGAUUCGCCGCGCGGAGGGGAUGACGGAGCUGUGGCGCGUGGACCUCGAGAACGAGUACCGCGAUGCCGCCUUCCAGGGCUCGCCGGCAAAGCCCGCCGCCAUUUCUCGCGCGCGCAGCCGCCUCGCGGUUGCUGCGACUCUCGCGCCGCCCACGUUGGCUUGCCAAGAUCAACACUUUUCCCUGGCGCCGUUGCUCUUCCAACCCCUCAGACUGGCGCGGCAGCGGAGCAGCAGCAGCAACGACAUGAACCGAAUCGACAUGAGCGCCUGCGCCCAUCAUGCGGACGCCGCCGCGUCUUGCGGCAGGUGCCGCACGAGCGACGACGCAAGCGACGUGCGCGUGACGCCGCUGGCGGGCCCUCUCCGCCUGCAGUACGGCGCCGUCGGCAAUCCGAACGAGCCGGAGCUGCUGGUGGUGGGCGGGCGCUCGCCGUUCCCCGUGUUCUGCCGCGAGGUGGUGCGCGCCUACGCGUUCGCGCACGCGUACAACGCGCUCACCGACUCGUGGCGCGCGCUUGCGCCCAUGCCCACCGCCCGAUUCGCGUUUGGCAUCGCCGCGUGGACCCACCCUUCCUCUCGCCAGACCUACGUGGCGGUAGCUGGUGGCUAUGCAUCCAAUGGGGAGGCGUUAUUUGAUGCCGAGCUGUACCACGUCAGCAGCAACACGUGGACUACCCUGCCACCGCUCACACAUGCGAGUGGAGCAUGCAGGGCGGUGGUGCACGGCAACCGGCUCAUUGUGGCGCAGCGCACUGGCGGCCCUGCUGAGUCCCUCGACCUCGCUGCCCUGCUCUCCACCUCCCCGCCCGCCCUUGAUGCUGUAGCUCACAGCUUGCUUCGUCCCUUCCUUCUCUCAUCCCUUCCCCCCUCUCUCAUCCAUUCCUCCCCUUCAUCCCUUCCUCCCUUCUCUCAUCUCUUCCUCCCCUCUCCCAUCCCUUUCUCCCCUCUCUCAUCCCCUCCUCCCCUCUCUCAUCUCGUCCUCCCUUCUCUCAUCCCUUUGUCCCUUCUCUUAUCUCUUACUCCCUUCUCUCAUCCCUUUCUCUCCUUCUCUCAUCCCUUCCUCCCUUCUCUCAUCUCUUCCUCCCCUCUCUCAUCCCUUCCUCCCUUCUCUCAUCCCUUCCUCCCUUCUCUCAUCUCUUCCUCCCCUCUCCCAUCCCUUCCUCCCCUCUCUCAUCCCCUCCUCCCCUCUCUCAUCUCUUCCUCCCUUCUCUCAUCCCUUUCUCCCUUCUCUCAUCUCUAUCUCCCCUCUCUCAUCCCUUCCUCCCUUCUCUCAUCCCUUCCUCCCUUCUCUCAUCCCUUCCUCCCUUCUCUCAUCUCUUCCUCCCCUCUCUCAUCACGACCAUGUACCUCUAUAGGCGUAUUGUCCCAGUUCCGCGGUCACCAGUGCGUGACACUGUCUUACCUGGAGGGUGCACGGCAGCUGGUGCAUGCAACAGGGGCGCCACUGUGCAGUACCCUUUGA